AUGCCCAAUUCACCUCACCUCCCAAUACCUAUUUCCUUAAUAUUAGGCCAUUUUUUCCUCUUUUCGGCUGAUGCAGUGGCAUAUUUACGUCAAAAACACAAUAUUUGCGGUGUCCUCAUUGGAACGUUACCGCAAAUACCACAACAAAACAUUUUUCUAGGCCUUCCCGUGGAAUUAAUGCCAGAAGAGGCCAGACUGCUGGUCGAAAAAAAGGUGGCGUAUAUUGUGGACGAUGGGCAAAUUCACAAACAUGGGUUAAAGUCUCUAGCCGCUGAAGACCGUCGGCGCUAUCUUCACAGCCUGCGGCAAGAGGGGCGCGAAGCAGCUCUCUCUCAGGCUCAGAAAAAAGAACAUCUGAGGGAAAAGGCUCUCAAACAAAAAAUUUCCAAGACGCAGGCACCGAAUGUACCAGAUCUGCUUGAUAGCCAAGAUCGAAGCGAUGCCUCGCGCGAUCUACUCUUUGAUUCUGAAGCUAAUACUAAUGAGAAAACAACAUUCAGGGCAUCAACAGGCACAGAGCUAGCAUUUGGAAUCACACCCGCAGAUUCUCACGCUCUCGUUCCUAACCCUCCACCCAUAUCCGAGGGUUAUUUGCCAAGCGUCCCUUCAUCUUAUGCAUUAUACACGCAUUUGCAUUCGCUGGGGUAUUUUCUCUCCCCGGGGCUUCGAUUUGGAUGUCAGUACAUGGCUUAUCCGGGUGAUCCACUUCGAUACCAUUCUCAUUUUCUCGUUGUUGCCUCGGCGUGGGAUGAAGAAAUAGACCUCAUGGAUUUGGUGGUGGGUGGUCGUCUGGGAACUGGUGUAAAAAAGGGGUAUCUAAUCGGUGGUGAAAUGCCCAUGGAAGAAAAGGAAGCAUUGGUCGAUACAAGGCAAAUCAGGGCUUUCAGCUUAGAAUGGGCUGGAAUGUGA